AUGUUUAGAACUGAGAAAUUAAAGCUCCGAUUAUUGUCGGAACAGGAGUUUGAACUGCAAAGUGAUGUCCAAACAAGAGAAGCGUUACAACAACUGAAAAAGUUUUGCAUCAGUUCUGAGUGCAACGCAUGGAAUACCAUAUGUAAACUCAAAGACCCCAUCAGAUUCGCGCGUUUUAUUGACGGCGAGAAUCAUAUAUCGGACGAUGAGAUCAUAGCCUACGAGAGCUCACAAAUGAAUAAUUCAUUGAUUGCUUUGAAUCACAAUAACAAUGAAGACGAAAGUGACGACGAAUAUCAAGAGUUGCAGUAAAAUUCAUAUUCAUUUUAAUAAUCAUUUAUUUAAAUAACAAAACAAAACUAUUGCCGGCAAAAGCACUGAAAACAUUGAUUCAAUUGAUGACAAAUUCGG